AGAGGCUCGGCGGCGCGGGGAGGCGGCUCCGGUCGCGGCCGCGGCGGGUGCCAUCGGUCUGCGGUCUGUCCGCGUCCGCGGCCGCCGGAGACAGAGCCAGGAUGUUCGGGAUGCUGAGCAGCAGUUUUGAGGAUGACCCCUUCUUCUCUGAUUCUUUUAUGGCACACCGAGAAAGUAUGCGACAGAUGAUGAGAAGUUUUUCUGAGCCUUUUGGAAGAGACUUGCUCAGCAUCUCUGAUGGUAGAGGAAGAGCUCAUAAUCAUAUGGGACAUGAUGAUGGUGAAAAUUCCUUGACUGCAAUGAGUUCUCUUGCGCCUUUUGGCAGUUUUGGUGGUAUGCAUACAGAUGUCAGCCCUUUUCAGGCAAUGGACCGACUGAUGCUAAAUAUGCAAAACAGUAUGCAAGAAUUACAAAGAAACUUUGGUGACCUUUCAGUGGAUCCAAAUGGACAUUCGUUUAGUUCUUCUUCAGUUAUGACUUAUUCCAAAGUAGGAGAUGAACCAGCAAAGGUUUUCCAGGCCUCAACUCAAACUCGUAGGGCUCCAGGAGGAAUAAAGGAAACUAGGAGAGCACUAAGAGAUUCUGACAGCGGACUAGAAAAAAUGGCUGUUGGUCAUCAUCUCCGUGACCGAGCUCAUGUCAUUAAAAAGUCAAAGAACAACAAGACUGGAGAUGAAGAGGUCAAUCAAGAGUUUAUCAAUAUGAAUGAAAGUGAUGCUCAUGCGUUUGAUGAUGAGUGGCAAAAUGAGAUUUUGAAGUACAAAACAGGGGGACAAUGGCGCAAUCUAGAAAACACUAGGAUGCGAAGUGUUGGUCAUGAGAAUUCAGGAUCCCGAGAGCUUAAAAGAAGGGAGAAAACUCAUCAAAGUCCAGCCGUUGAACGUGGAAGAAGAUCCAAUGCUUUUGUGGACAAACUUAACAUCAAAGGAUCACCUGUGAAAAUCAACAAAAAAUAAAUAGCCUUGCAUUUGAUUUGUUUAGUUUUGGUUGUUUUAACAGAGAAAGUAAUGGUGCUGGCUAAUACACAUAAGACCAAUCUCUUGUUGUUAAAUCAAUACUGUACUUAGCAACUUUCUUCUGAUAUCUGAAUGUUCUUGGAAGUGCUAGCUUGAUAUUGUCCCUACUUCAGGAAUAAAACUUUGAUUUUCAACAAUG